AUGAAUUUGCAACUGAUUUUCUGGAUUGGACUAAGCAGCUCAAUUUGCUAUGUGUUUGGCCAAACAGAUGAAAACAGAUGUUUAAAAGCAAAUGCAAAAUCUUGUGGAGAAUGUAUACAAGCAGGACCAAAUUGUGGAUGGUGUACAAAUUCAACAUUUUUACAAGAAGGAAUGCCAACCUCUGCCCGGUGCGAUGACUUAGAAGCCUUGAGAAAGAAGGGUUGCCAUCCUGAUGACAUCGAAAAUCCCCGAGGCUCCAAAGCCAUAAAGAAAAACAAAAAUGUUACAAACCGGAGUAAAGGAACAGCCGAGACGCUGCAGCCAGAAGAUAUCACGCAGAUCCAGCCACAGCAGUUAGUCUUGCAGUUGCGAUCAGGAGAACCACAGACAUUCACAUUAAAAUUCAAGCGAGCGGAAGACUAUCCGAUCGAUCUCUACUACCUGAUGGACCUCUCUUACUCCAUGAAAGAUGAUUUGGAGAAUGUGAAAAGUCUGGGGACAGAUCUCAUGAAUGAGAUGAAGAGGAUUACUUCCGACUUCAGAAUUGGGUUUGGCUCCUUUGUGGAGAAAACUGUGAUGCCUUACAUCAGUACCACACCAGCUAAACUCCGGAAUCCUUGCACAAGUGAACAGAAUUGCACCAGCCCCUUUAGCUACAAAAAUGUGCUUAAUCUAACUGACCGAGGGGAAGUUUUUAAUGAACUUGUUGGCAAACAGCGCAUAUCUGGAAACUUGGAUUCCCCUGAAGGGGGCUUUGAUGCAAUCAUGCAGGUCGCUGUGUGUGGAUCAUUGAUUGGCUGGAGGAACGUCACACGGCUGCUGGUGUUCUCCACGGAUGCCGGCUUUCACUUCGCUGGUGAUGGGAAACUUGGUGGCAUCGUUUUACCCAACGAUGGACGGUGCCACCUGGAGAACAAUGUGUACACAAUGAGCCAUUAUUACGAUUAUCCUUCUAUUGCUCACCUUGUCCAGAAACUGAGUGAAAAUAACAUUCAGACAAUUUUUGCUGUGACUGAAGAAUUUCAACCCGUUUACAAGGAAUUGAAAAAUUUGAUUCCCAAGUCAGCAGUGGGAACAUUAUCUGGGAAUUCCAGCAAUGUAAUUCAGUUGAUCAUUGAUGCAUACAAUUCCCUUUCCUCAGAAGUCAUUUUGGAAAACAGCAAAUUGCCGGACGGAGUAACGAUCAAUUAUAAAUCUUACUGCAAAAACGGGGUGAAUGGCACUGGGGAAAAUGGAAGAAAAUGCUCCAAUAUUUCCAUUGGAGAUGAGGUUCAAUUUGAAAUUAGCAUAACUUCAAAUAAAUGUCCAAAUAAGAAUUCUGAAACUAUUAAAAUCAAGCCUCUGGGCUUCACCGAAGAAGUCGAGAUUAUUCUUCAGUUCAUCUGUGAGUGUGAAUGCCAGAGUGAAGGCAUCCCCGGGAGUCCAAAGUGUCAUGAGGGAAAUGGGACUUUUGAGUGUGGAGCCUGCAGGUGCAACGAGGGCCGUGUCGGCAGACAUUGUGAAUGUAGCACAGAUGAAGUGAACAGUGAAGAUAUGGAUGCUUACUGCCGGAAAGAGAACAGCUCAGAGACCUGCAGCAACAAUGGAGAAUGUGUCUGUGGACAGUGCGUGUGUAGGAAGAGGGAUAAUACAAAUGAAAUUUAUUCUGGCAAAUUCUGCGAAUGUGAUAAUUUCAACUGUGAUAGAUCCAAUGGCUUGAUUUGCGGAGGAAAUGGUGUUUGCAAGUGCCGCGUGUGUGUGUGCAACCCCAACUACACUGGCAGUGCGUGUGACUGUUCUUUGGACACCUCUUCGUGCAUGGCCACAAAUGGACAGAUCUGUAAUGGACGAGGGAACUGUGAGUGUGGAGCCUGUAAAUGUACAGACCCCAAGUUCCAGGGGCCAACCUGUGAGAUGUGUCAGACCUGCCUGGGCGUCUGUGCCGAACACAAAGAGUGUGUCCAGUGCAGAGCCUUCAAUAAGGGAGAAAAGAAAGACACCUGUGCACAGGAGUGCUCCCAUUUCAACAUCACCAAGGUCGAGAGUCGGGACAAACUGCCGCAGCCAGGCCAGGUGGACCCGCUGUCUCACUGCAAGGAGAAGGACGUAGAUGACUGCUGGUUCUAUUUCACGUACUCCGUGAACGGGAACAACGAGGCCAUCGUUCACGUUGUGGAGACUCCAGAGUGUCCCACUGGCCCAGACAUCAUUCCCAUUGUAGCGGGCGUCGUGGCCGGCAUUGUCCUGAUUGGCCUUGCGUUGCUGCUGAUUUGGAAGCUUUUGAUGAUAAUUCACGACAGGAGGGAAUUUGCUAAAUUCGAAAAAGAGAAAAUGAAUGCCAAAUGGGACACGCAAGAAAAUCCGAUUUACAAGAGUCCUAUUAAUAAAUUCAAGAAUCCAAACUAUGGACGUAAAGCUGGUCUCUAAGCUGCCGGUGAAAAUCCUAUUUAUAAGAGUGCCGUGACAACCGUUGUCAAUCCGAAGUAUGAGGGAAAAUGAGCCCGGCUCACACAGACUUCACAACACUGAUGAAAGUAGCAAUUUCUAUAGUCACAGUAAGGUAGCAUUAGGGUAAUAUCACCGUGAGUUUACUCAUGUGCAGGUCUUGAAAUGUACAAUAUGUAUAAUUGUUUUUACUUUUUUUUGUGAAAAUAAUGUUAUGAUCAAUGCCCAGGGACUGACAGAAGACUAGACAGGAUGGCUAUCCUUGUCAGCGAAGGUCACCUUGUGCCUUUUUGACCUUUUCCUCCUGGACUAUUGAAAUCAAGCUCUCGUUGGCUGAAAUGAUAUUGUUAACAUGAUUGAAAGGGCAAGAGAUAAAGGAAUUUUCUCAUUGAGUGUUUUAUUAAUCAAGUGUUAAAUCUGAUUUUUAGCUUUACAGAUAUGUCAGGACUUAAGUUUUUCAGUUUUACAGAAUGCCAAGUAACCAUCCUGCUGGCUAGUUUAGAAUUGCUUCUAGCUUAUUAUUAUUGCUGUUUGCCUAUCACACAUGACUGAUGACAUAUCUGAAAGUUGAGUAUGCUGGGAGUUAAGAUGAAAAAUAGCUUUGGAAUAUUUGAUUUACAACGGCCCUGGGAAGAAUUCAGAGUUAGGAAGGGAAAAAAAUAGCUUUAAAACCUGUGUGCCAUUUUAAGAGUUACUUAAUCUUGGUAACUUCUUUGCCUUCUCUUUAUGAAGUCAAGCCUUGGGUAAAAGUACUGGGAAAUAUUUUGCAAAAAAACCAUCCUUGACUUAGCAUUAUUUACAGACAGGCCUUAAUUUUUGUCAUAGAGGGCCCUAAUUCUGAAUGGGAACCUUUUUUGUUAAAUUUAUUAAACCUUUUUAUUUUGUUUAAAGCGUGGUGCUUUUUAGCACCUCUUCUAAUCCUUUCAUGUAUUUGUUUGCAAUGUGGGGGUAAGACUUUUUUUUCUUUAAUCAGUACCUUUUCUUUGACACUUUAGCUGUACAUUUGCCUCCUUGAUGAGCACAUGGCAUGUACUGUAGCGUAGGCAACAGCUGUCCCUGAAGCGAGCCUUACUUUCCAUUAGUGCCAUCAGAGACCAUUGUACAUGUCCCUCUCACUGUUUGUGUUGCCCAUCUUAUUUCAUAGCAGCCACAACCUUGUUUUAAGUGCCUUUUAAUUUUACAGUUCACUUUUUACAAUGCUAUUUACUGAAGUUAUUUAUUAAAAAUGCUUAAAAUACUGGAA